AUGUCUCUGCUCUCGGCCGCUCACGUCGCAACCGCGGGCGUCGCGGAGCUAGGCCUGCGGCGCACCAGCGCGCCUCCACGCGGCGCGGCGACCGCCCAGUUCGGCGACCGCUCCGACUUCCCGCCUUCGCUCCUCUCCCGCUUUGAGGAGUACGAGGCAGCCCUCGCGGCGCAGGCACGGGCCACUGCCAUCGGCGCAGCGAACUUCAUCUUUGGCACCAGCGCCGUCGCCACGGCCAGCUCCCUCUUCCUCGGCCGCGAGCUGGCUGCCGCGCGGCGCAAAGACGAGAUGGGGAUCUAUCGCACGCGCUAUGAGCGGUUCGGCCGCGUCAGGUAUGAUAAGCGCGUCGACUGCCCUCUGGAGGUCGACACCGGCCUGCUCUGGGUGGCGUGCAGCGAGGAACAGGCCCUCGGCUGCUUCCUCGAUAAUUCCGCCCUGGGGCCGGUCGGUAUCGAGACCGAAGUGUCGCGGUACAUCGGGCGAUCCCGGCAUGGACACCGCCUAUAA